AUGCUCAAUUUAUUCUCACUUCCUCCUGAUCCCGAAACCACUACGCUCCUGAAGCAGGGACUAAACUUUUUUCUUCAAAAUGGCAGAAAUAUUCGAGAGGAGGCAAAACGGAAAAUGGAGGUGGAAAUAAUCCCAAGAAUCUUGGCCCAUCAUGAACCAACAGACAUGAACAGAUUUGCGGGGAUUCACAGGACCCUAGAAUGGAAUGAGCAAUUAGUCCUUCAAGCGAACAAUGACAAUGGACAGAAAACAUUAUACCAAGGAGGUGGUAUCCCACAACUGUUUAGCACACAAUUGAUCAAGGUAUCGACUUCAUUUGUCUCUUUAGCCAGUCAUAGUUUGGUGCUGAGAAUGGAAAGACUCAUCGCUGAUGCCGAUUACGAUGUCGACGAAACGUCUUGGAAUCAUGUAGCCCUUGCGCACAAUUAUCGCAGUGUGGAGCAGGCUCGCCAGGCGGUCAGAGAUGCUGGCUACGAGAUCACCCUCGGAAAACUGCCCGAAUCCCUCGGUCCGAUGACAGUCAUCUUCACGGGCAGCGGCAAUGUCUCGAGUGGAGCCCAGUCGAUCUUCCGCUGUCUGCCUUACGAGUUCAUUAGUCCAGAACACCUUCCAGAGGUGGUGAAAAACGGAAGUUAG